GCCAUCUAUUUCCAUACCGUGCCGUACUUCGUUCAGCACUACAUAAUGGAACUCAACACGUGCAUCAUUCGCUCUACACUUCAUGUUCUAAUCAUUUGCGUUUUAACCUCACAAGGAAUUGCAGACAAUACAACAUCACCAACAAUAACAACAACAAGUGUUGUCAAGGAUGUGCCUGCUGUGGACGAUAGAGAAGUCUUGUUGAUUGGAAAUGUUGUUGUUAAUUACACCGACUGGCUAGAUGACGGGUGCAGAUUUGCACAAAAAGCUGUCGAAGAUGUUAACAGUUACAAGGAAAUGUUUCCAUUGUUUCAGUUGAAAUUAGACCAAUGUGUAUCAGAUGACAACAAUGUUGCUGGAAUUACCAGCAACUUAUUCAACUAUAUCUGCGAAGGGAUAAAUACUCCGUUAAUGUUCCUUCCUUUCACUGGCCAGGAUUCGACAGAACCAUUGUGUGGCAAAUGGGGAUGUAUAACGUUCGGGAUGGGUGAUAGCAUACAGUACGCUGCAAUGAACAAAUACCACUCCAAAGUACAUGCUGCAGCUUCAGACUGCGUCCUUGCCUUCGAUGUAAUCAUAGAACGUUUUAAAUGGGAGAAGAUAGGACUGCUGGUUUUCAAUAUCGAACGGUCGAAAGCGAUGGCUAGUCUGUUGAGACAAGAGCUUGAGGCGCGGGGUGUAGAAGUCGGAGCCGAAGUGAUAUUUAAUGUUGAUGGUUCAUCGCCUGAUGUCAUUUGGGAAUCACUUAAGGACAUUCGGAUCUUUGUUACUUUCGCUCCUCAUCUGGGUGCAAACAUCAAUCCUAGGUUUCCUCUUCAGUAUCUGCUGUGUAAGUUGUACAAGCGUGGAUACUAUGGAAAACACCACGUUAUUCUCUCUUACUUCCCAACCGUUCAAGAACAAUGGAAUACUUUUGACGAGGCAGAUUUCGAAUGUACAAAAUCCCAAAUGUUUGAGGUUCUUGAAGGUGCCUUGGGUUGUUCUCUAUCCGUAUCGACCCUUCUGGGAAAAUACGACAACGAGCGGCACUUCAAAACAAACCAGACAUAUACUGACUUGAAACCUAUUGUCCGUCCAAAAAACACUUUAGAAAUGAGACGCUACUUCCAGCCACUUUUGUAUGAUACCAUUUGGGCAAUCGCACUUGGAAUUAAUGCAACCAUACACGAGUAUGGAGUCAAUGAAGUUAAGAAUUAUAAAUUCAAUGAAAACAGCACCAAACCCUUACUCGAUGCAUUGUAUGGUAAUCUCCUAGAUGUGGACUUUCAAGGAAUAUCGGGUCAUUUCUAUUAUAACAAUACUCGGGGCUUCAGACAAUUCAAGACCUAUAUUGGACUUAUAUCUUCUGAAGGCGAAUUGUCGACAAGCAUUGGUUAUGUCGAAGUAGAUAAGAGAAAGGUAGUGAUAACUCAGCCUGAUGACGUUAUAUGGGAGUCAAAAGGCGGAGCUGCUCCACUCGACCAGGAAAUCAAACAAUAUGAACGCAAGCGUAUUAAUAGCACUGCCAUUAUUGUGCUUUCUGUCAUCGCAGCCAUUGGUAUACUCUUGGCGUCUAUCUACAUCGUAUACGCAAUUUAUCAUCGCAACCAUGUGAUCAUCAAGGACGAAUGGCCGAUAAUGACAUGCGUAAUUAUUGUUGGAUGUAUCAUAUUGGACCUUUACGUUUUGAUUCACAUUGCUGACAUUCAGACCGGAGUUCAUCCAGAGCCCCUACACGGGGAUAUAUGUAUGGCGUCCACGGGACUACUAAUAUUUGGAUUUACCUUCUUCAGUGGAGGAAUGGCGAAAGUGAUACGAGAAACAUGGCUGAUGUUCAUCUUUUUCUGGCUUAUUGUUGCUGAUGUCAUAUUGGUUUCGGUGUGGUUCGUCACGGAUCCAAUGAUUCCAAGAGAAAAGGAAAUUGCCUCGACGUUUGAUGACGACACGGGAGUCAGAACAAUAAUGGUAAUGAUCACUUGUGAAUCAACGUACCAGACAUACUUCCUCAUCGCCACACUGUGUUACAAGGCAAUUGUGUUACUGAUGGGUGGAUUCAUCGUAUGGCCUGCUCUGUUCAUGUCUGUGAAGAAAGGCUUCGUUCAUUUCUCUGAGUUUGUUAUCGCCGUCUUCACGAGUUUGUUGGUCAGCAUUAUUCUUGUUGUUGUAUCGUUUUUGAUCCCAACUGAAACGUAUGCUUUGUUCAUCAUUUAUGGAUGUCUGAUUUUAUUCACAACGAUACUGACUACAUUGCUGAUUUUCAUUCCAAAGGCCACUGUGAUAGCAAGAGGGGGUGACCGACUUUCUCAGAAGUUAUUUUCACCAAUCGGUGCAGCAUUUGGUUUCCUCGAGACGGUUGCUGGAGAAGGGCAGAUGCCAGGAUUGGGUGGUUCUAAGUCGAUGGAAAUGCCAAGUGUUGCUCUUGCUGCUGGGCAGAUCGAAUAAAAUUGAAACAGUAUUUCCUUAUAUACAGGGCUAAUUACAAUCCUUGAUCGGAAUGCAUGGACAUGUUCCUUAUAACGAUGCAGGUGGCUAAGAUAUGUUGGUAGGAGUAUGAUCACAAGAAGACAUAAUAUCGCAUUGAAGGCAAGAAAAUAAGACAAGGCUAAUAAAGACGUUUUAAUGAGACGUAUAUCUUUAGAUGGUGGUGGUACAUAUAUAUCAGGUACAUAUUAAACAGACAAAGCUCAUAA